CCCCUCAUAUAGCCUCUCAUAUUAUCAUCUGAGAGUCCUUCAAUGGCUGCUUUAAGGAAUUUGGCCCUUAUAGCUUUGCUGGUUUCGUUCAAUGUCGCUGUUUUGUGUGAGAGCAGAGUGGCAAGGAAGGAUCUAGGGGUGGGGGUUGGUGUGGGUGCUGGCCUAGGUAUAGGACUCGGUGGCGGCAGCGGCUCCGGUGCCGGGGCAGGGUCGGGCUCAGGGUCAGGCUCGGGGUCAGGCUCUGGUUCGGGCUCCAGCUCAAGUUCGGGUUCAUAUUCGAAUUCAGGGUCUGGGGGGUCGUCUGGGGGUGGUUCUGAGGCAGGAUCAUAUGCAGGAUCUCAUGCAGGAUCCGGAUCCGGAUCCUCCGGAUCGGGUUCUGAAGCCGGAUCAUAUGCAGGAUCUCAUGGAGGAUCAGGAUCCGGAUCCUCCGGAGCGGGUUCUGAAGCCGGAUCAUAUGCUGGAUCUCAUGCCAAGUCAAGAUCGAACGGAAAGGGAGGGAGCGGCGAAGGUGGGGGAUACGGCGGAGGCUACGGAGGCGGUAAUGGAAAGUGAUCGGAUUAACUGAUUCCUGCUUGCAAGUUUAUUAUUAAGUUAGCAGGAAAGUGGUCAGUUUCUCUUUCAGAAGUAAUUUAAAAAAAAGAAGAAGCAUUUGAAUAAGAAUUUGCAUCGAUCAUAGCAUGCAUGUGUGCAUUUGAAGCGGAAGAUCUUUAGUACGUCCAUGUUUGUGUGUAGGUGUCAUGUAGUAGUCUGGUGUGUGAUUACAUAUGAAGCAACUGUGUGUUGUAUUAUUAAAAGUGUGAUGGAAAUAAAAAAAGCAUAUUGCAUAAUGCUUAUUAUAU